AUGCGGCGGCCGGCCGCGUUUUUUCGGGGGGCCGUCGUCGCCCUACUACUGUUAUUGCUCCAACUGCCGGUGUGCCCGUCCCGGUGGCCAACGUCCGCCGGUGGUCGGGCGGACGCGUCGCCGACGACAUCCGACGUCGCCGUCCGGUCCGGCGGCGUCGGCGUCGGCGGCGGUGGCGGGAGUCGGUGGAAACAUAACAAGGGCGGCGGCGUCCGGCAAUCGCAACAUCAGAAAAAGACCGCCGACGAGAGUCCCGGUGUGGACCUGAACGUGGGCAUUCUCGUGCCCAAGACGAGUUUCGGAGUGCGCGGCUACUUGCGCGCGAUACACGACGCCUUACACAGCAUCAACAAAGAGCACAAAAAGGAAACGAUCAAGACGCAAUUUCGGAAGCUCUACUCGUUUGAGAACGGCAACGUCCGGUACCGGAUGAUGUCGUUGACACCCAGUCCCACAGGUCGGUAGUAUUAAGAUUACAGUUAUGCAAUACUAACAUCGGUACGAUCGGUUGUGUUUAAGUUUACCCCUAGACCCAACAUGGUGUUCACGUUGAAUCUGUCAACGUGAUUUUUAUUCUUCUUUUAUUCUAAUUGAUCGCGUUGAAAGACAAUUAUCCAAUCUAGGUUUCCUUCUUUAACACUCACUUCGAAUAACAAAAUAUCGUAAAAAUUACCGAAAUGUGUGCGCCUA